AUAGAACUAAUACAAAACCUAAUUGUAGGGCUACAUAUAAAUAUUCAUUUAGUCCAGUUAUAAACGACCCGAAAGAAUUAGAUACGCCCAUAAAGCCUUCCGAAACAUUUCUGAAAGGUCAGAUUAUAAUUGCCCCAUUUCAUAAAAAGUGCCAUGAACGGGAGACAGCGUCUAGGCAAACUAAUUUCACCCUGUUGAAUGUUUCUAUAGAUCACCUAUUGGUAAUUUAACGUGAGCAGUACAAAGCCUAUUGAGUAUUGUGGAACAAAUAAAAAAAAAACGUGUAUCAUGGAGGUUUGAAUAUUUUGAAGCAUACAAACAGGGGAAGAACGUUCAGAGCGAGCGGAGAAGGGUGACUGUGAAAUAGGGCGGUCUUGAAGAUCGUGGCGUUAAAGUUUUUGUAUAUAAUAUAGAGAAGAACUUCAAGAAACUCAUGAAUAUCCAAGAAAGACACUGAAUCAGGAGGAAGGCCCAGUUGGAUACAAAUUGGCUGACUGCUCACAUUAUUAAGCAGUGAAAGAAUUUCAGAUAAGGAGGCAACAAGAACUUUUAAAGUAAAAUGAAUACACAUCAGAGAAUGCUGCCACAGCAGUAUUGUUUGAGGUGGAAGUACCACCACAACAAUCUGCAAGUCAUGUUCAGCCAACUGCUAGAGCGUGAAAGUUUUUGCGAUGUGACCCUUGCAUGUGAGGGCCGAACUUUGCGUGCUCACAAGGUUGUGCUGUCAGCAUGUAGUACAUACUUUGAUACAAUAUUUUCUCAGUACGAAGAAAAGAAUCCUAUCGUGAUUUUGAAGGAUGUUAAGUUUGCAGAUAUACGAGCACUUGUUGAAUUUAUGUAUCGUGGAGAAAUCAACAUAGAUCAUUCCCAUUUGGCUAGUUUACUAAAAGCCGCAGAAGACUUGAGAAUUAAAGGCUUGGCAGAGGUUUCCUGGCGAUCUGAAACGCAAGCAAAUCAAUCUGUAGAGGAGAAUGUGAACAAUACUGACACCCGAUCAUCACAAAUGGACACAGUGGUUAGUGAUAAUGAAGUUGAACCACCACUGAAAAGGAGGAGAGGUCGUCCUCCCAUGGAUGCAAGCAGUCCUGUCUUCCAUCCAAAAGUGACAAGCGUGUCAAGUGUUGUCACCAAUGAAGCAACUUUUAGAGACAGAACUGGGACAUCUGAUGCAGAAAAUGAAACUUCAGCUUGGGAUGAAGCAGAAAAUGAGGUGAUUAAUUGUGAUACUUCAGCAGAAGCUACUCCAGCUGCAUCUUCAGAAAGUUUUGCUGAACCUGAGGAGAAAGAAAAGUUAAAGCCUACGUCAUACUCAGAUGGUGCACCAGUUACGACGACACCAUCAAGUGGCAUAACAAGUCAGAUAGCAGAGCAGUACAGGGAUGUCAUCAAAUUAAAUGACUACUUGACAACAGGAAGGCGGCAGCAGUUUUGGGAGGAGCCAUUCACAAGGCGGAUAAUGGAUGCUAUAAAGAGCAAAGAAUUGGAAAUGAAGACUGGUGCUGAAUUACUUGGUGUGUCGUACGGCACCUUGUAUGGGCGGUAUAGAGAUGCUUAUGGCUGUCUUAAACAUCCUUACCGAUAUUAACUGUUUGAUUCCUCAAGGCUCUAACAGUACAGAACAUUCCUGAAAUGAAAUCAGCUACUUCAAAGAUGCCAUCACACCUUUUUCUACAUUUUCUGAUAUUUGUAUGAAGAAAAUUGUAUUUAGUGAUGGUUACUCGGGAAUGUGGUACAAAUGGUUCUAAAUUGAUGUAGCCAUGUGACUGUAAUACAAGAAAUUACUGCUGUAUGAUAGAACUGGGAUAACUUUUUAAAGUCCAGUGGUUUUGUUUAUUUUUAUUGCAAAGGAUUUGACUGGCAGAUGUAAAACAUACAGAACUGGAUCCACACUCCUCUUUUGUAUCUCAACACAGACUGAGAAAAGGGACACAUUUAUGUGAUGUGUGACUGGUAUUCAGAGUUUUGUGCAAUCAGUUGUUCUCUUUGUAGACUGCAAUGAACUGACUGUGUUAACAGACACAUUGUCUAUGCUUUGUAGACAGUCUCUUAAUUUUAUUUUAUUUUUUUUAAUUUAUUUCUGUUUUGUACUGAGGAAUGUUUACUGACUAAAUGAUAUUGAAUGCAAUGAUCUAGCGAUAUUGUUGACAGAAUAUUUAAUGUUAAGGAAGAUAUGGUAAAAGCCUAUUAUAAUGCAGCUUUCGUAUUUCUCUCAGUGUGCAUUGUAAUAGACAGAUUUCAAUUAAAACUGAUGCCUCCAUAAUUAACCUAUUUGUAAGUCAUUUUCAUUCUUUCUUAAUUGUCCUAAGUUGCAUUUGUCGUGCUUGUGGUCAUAAGUUGCUUUUUGUAGUAUUUUGUUAUCCAGCAGAAGUAAUUAUUGUUUCAGUAUGGUGACACUCUUUAUCACUCAUUGGAAGUAAUACCACCGUGAGAAAAGGAAAUGUUGAACGGUCCUGCAAAGAUGUCACCAUAUUUGCAAAAUUAGUCAAGAACAGUUUCAUAAAUUCAAAACAAUUUAAGUUUGGCAAUAAAACAAGUACCACAAUGAUGUUUGCACCACCAACAUCUAACUCGUACUUUUGAUACGAGUUGGCAGUUCUGAGGAAGAAAAUGAAAACAUUACUGCUGUGUUAUUUUAGGCUUGUACUGCAAGUCUGAAUUUGUUGUACUGAUUAUUAUUUCUAUUCCUGUGAUAUUUCUGGAAAUAACUCUUUCAAGCUGUUGUAAGGUGUAAUUAUCUUAUAUCUCACACCUAGAUUCGAUGGUACAUCAAGGUGCAAAAACCCACUUCUCGCAAUCACAGUAUCAUUACUUUGUUCGGAUGUUUAGUGUGCUACUAAAAGUUGCUUCAUAAUUUUGCUAUUCAGUCAUUUACAUUGCUAUGUUCCUUUGUUGUUUGUAAAUGUAAUGGAAACAUGAGCAAGUGACAGUGUGUUAAAUAUUGUAGAAGGUAACAAUCCACAGGUCUGGUGAUGUCACAACAAGCAAUCUUGUGUGCCAUCCCCAAGUUAUAGUAUUAUAAACAAAUACUGUAAUCUACAGAAGCUAAAAUCAAUAAAAGAUAACUGUGCUGAAAGACACUACCAUCAGAAUGACUACCACAACUACUUAUCUCAGUUGUUUAGAAGUAACAUUUUGUUGCCAGAAAAUAAGAGAAUGUAUCAACUAAUAACCAUAAUACUCAGUGAGGAUUUUUGUUUCGAAUGCAAACCAUGAGAUGUCGCCAAAUGCGUAAGUAAAAUGAUAUUCCAGUAUUGUGAAAUUAGUUUUGGUUGAAGACAUGGCAGGUUUUCACUAAUCAGCUCACUUCUGUGUAAUAUGCGCUAUUACAGUGACAUAAUGUAUGUUGCUGCUGCUUGGGUAUUAAUCUUCAUUUACUUUGCCCAUUACUGUUGUUACAAAGCUUACAUUGUGGCUUUUGUAAGGCUUCAGUUUCCCAAUAUGAGCAAAUAGUCAGUUUGAACAUCAAUGGUAAUUUUAAUUCCAUAUACUGGUCUGUGCUCUGAUGUAAACGACACUUAGCAUAUUCAAUGUAUUAAUUUUCACUGUUGAAAAAUCUUGUCAUAUUUCUCUAUUUCAGCAGAGACAAACCAAAUUAAGCAAUGACAUCACCAAAUCAACCAGUAUUUUUGUAAUUGAGCAAACUGUUAAAAAAUAACAAAUCAGGAUAUGGAGGCCUUUGAUAAAGCACGACGUCUGUCAGUAUAUAUAAAUGCCCCGAGUUAUUUUAUUACUGAAACUUAAGUAGUUUCUUUUCUAUAAACUGAAAGUGGAGGGGGAGAGAAAGGGAAGGAGAUAUUGAUGUCAGCUGCAUCGGGACUUUUAGCAGAAUCAGUGGCAACAAGUGAAAAUCUUUGUGGACUGUGAUUCGAACUCUGCAUCUCCUGCAUAGUAGGCAGUUGUGUUAACCACUGUGCCACCCGGACACAGUGUUUAUUGCAAUUGCGCAGGCUAUAUCCGCUGACCCACAGUCCCAUGUAGUGAACCAUAACCACAGUCACCGCCCGUAUCCUCCAUGCUUGCUACUUUGAGGUUCCCACUGAAGGUAGAACAUAAUUGUGCACCUGCACUGAAGGUGGUGGAUUUUUUGCCCAUUAAUGUGAAUCAAUUGUAUGAAUGUAUAGUAUCUGUUCUUUUCGCUGUGUUGGAUUCCAUGUGGUAUGUGUUCUUUCAGACCACACAUUCAAAUAAAUACGUUCUGUUAAGAAAUUGCCUCUACAAGAACACUUUCAGCCGUUAUGUAUUGUACACCUGGCUUAUUUUAUAUUAAAUUAGCAGAAAACUGCUCAUUUUCCAUAUUGUUGUUGCUAUACCCCACUUUAAUUUUUUGCUUUCUCUAAUCUCUUUAGAACAACUGCUGGAUAACAGUAUCUUUCCUUUUUCUUCAAUCACAAAACGUUUCCUGUCACAGUACCCAUCUCUGUACCCAUCCCAUCAAGUUGGGAUGUAUCGAUUGGAGCAUUUUUAUUAUGCCAGUUCUCCUUUCCUUCCAUCUUUAUUCACCUCAGGUCCUAUUCUUCCAGAUGUUGUAACACUAAUUCACUCCUACAUCUCCCUUCCCAAUCAUGUGACUAGCAAACACUGCAUUUUUCAGUCAGAUUUCUUCUCAUACCAUCAACAUUCUUUAGUACAGAUCAUUUUAAGCUCAGUCUCAUUUUUUAUCUUCUCUGGCCUAUAUCUUCCCAAGCACUUACCUCUCUUUUUUUCGUUAGUUGUGCUGCACUGUAUCAGACUAAUGAUGCAAUCUCAAUUGCAUGUAAUUCUAUGUUGGGCCUCUUUUUUUUUUUUAUAGUUGUGUCUUGCCUUUGUACCUCAGUGACGAAGAGGUUGGCAGAAACUAGGCAGCCCAUCUAUGAAUUGGUUUCUUGCAUUUAUUAUUUGUUUCAUUAUUUGCUACCUUCCAAUGUCUGAUCACUCUGUCAAGUGUGAUGUAGAACUUUUCUUGUUUAUCUUUAUAAGUAAAAGUCUGCCAGUACUGCAAAAGUCUGCCAGUACUGCUUUCUUUAUCUUCACACGUACCUUUGUCUUUCAUCUUUAAUUGGUACUUUGAGGUAGAAGUGCUCAUGGAGUGCUUUCAUCAAUUAUUUGGUCCUCAUUUAUGUAAGGAAAAUAUGAAAUUAUCACAUUUGUAAAAUUUGAGUUUUUCACACUAUUUAGAAACAUGCUGAGUAUUGAAUUAGUUUAAUAUUUGUGGCUAAUGAAAUCUCGGAACUCUCAUUUUUAACAUGUGCUAAAUAUCUUAUACUUCAUGUUGUAUACAGAUAUUUGUUUAAAAUUUGCUUAUGUAGGGUCUUAAAAGACAGCACUUGCUAGGAUAUUGGAUGUAUAGUAUUUAAAAGCUAUGGUUUUCUUCAUUAAUGUUUUGCAAACUUAUUCUAGUCAGUGUCAAGAAAGAAAAUCCUACUGUAUGCAUGUGUUUUAUCUAACUAUUCAUCAAUUUUUUUAUGGUGGAAAUAGCACUGAUGUACACGGAUGUGAAACAGCACACAAAUCAUCUACCUGAAGUUGCCAUGGUAUUCGGAGUUUUAGAAUCUUUCAAUUAACUAUCAGAGUGGGCAUUCCAUACUGUGAAAUCUGAUGGUUAAAUGAAGUGACUUUUCACAUUAAUUUACUGUACAGGGAACAUCAUAAUCAAAAUUUUCCAUUAUAGUAUUUCUAGAGUGCUGCUGUGUAAACCAUUGAAAUAGCUUAUAUAAUGAUAAAACACACACACACAGUCACUCUCUCUAACUUCACUUCGAAAUGUUCUCAGCAAAAAAAUGAAGUGUGCGGUAAUCUAACGGGGCAUUCACUCACUACACUUGUACCGGUAACAGCUGUGAUUUUCUCUGUAUGUGGGCGCAUCUAUGGAGCUCUCCUCCAUAAUCUCACAGUACCUUGUAACACCAAACAACUUAUGCAGAAACUAAAACACGCCAAGUAAAGCAGUGGCCACCAUAAUAGUGUAUGAAACAAUGCAAAAAUAAGAAAAAAUGUGAUAUGGAAGUCUUCUGUUGGAAACCAGAUAAGUGGGUUUACAAAAACAAACGGUUGCGAAAAGUGGGUUUUGAAACUAUUAGUUAUUUAUUUACUUGUAAUGUCAGUAUUUAUUAUAUCUCUUAUAUAAUUUAUAGAACCAUAAAUUAGUGUUAAAUGCAUUGCAGAUAUAAUCAGUAUAAACUUAUGAUUUUAUCUAGUACAUAAUGUAUGUUUUAGACAAUUGUAUUUACAUUUUGAUAUGUUUACACAGCCAUCUGACAAACAUAAGUGUUCAUGACAAUUUUUAUACUUUUUUUUAUGUCAGGUUUUCUGUUGUGGCAUUUUAAAGACAUAGCAAGGGCCAAAGAACUGACAGAAUAAUUUUUGAGAUAUAGACUGAACCAUGAUCAAAGUAUUUAGUUUGUGUGCAUUGUAUUGUGUAGUAUUUUCACAGAGCAGUGUGAUCUUUGUGUUUGUGGCAAUGUGUUUUUGAACCUUGUUUUGUAGGUUCAGACUGCAGCAGAAGCAGUGUAUGCAUAUCAAAAUGAUAUGAGAAAAUUUAUUUAUGUAUUUUUACCUGUCGCUGUUGGUAAUUUGGCCCAAGUUUUCUUAAAUAAUUUUUGUUUUGUGCUUCACAUUUUUUCCAUUAUGUAUGAACUCAUUUUUCAUUUAAAUGAACAGGAAUCUAGAAUUGGUUUGUAAUUAAAGAUAAUUGUCUGUAUACACACUGUGAAACAAUCCUGUACGUACAUUUUUCAUUGAGGUCUUAUUUUAGAGAUUUUCCUUGGUUCUCUUAGUUUUGGUAGAGAAUUAUCAGGUCUUCAUUUAGUGGAUACCAGUGCCUCAUGCAAAGAAACAUAAAUUAAUACAAUCACUUUUCUAAAAAGGUAAUUGUGCUACAUUUGCAUCAUCUGUAACCAAAUAUGUAACUGACAUAGCUAUGAAGAUACAUUAUUAAGAAUAUAUAUAUAUAUAUGUAUACAUACAUGUAAAAUUCAAUUACAAAUAUAUGAAUGUGUAUUAGAAGGGAAAAAAGAGAGGAAAACACUCACACAAAGUUCCUAUAUCAGAAUAUAAUUCUUGCUAAUUUUUAUAUCUCAGUAUUUGAGCAACAUUAUAAAAAGGAAAUGUAGCUGUGUAUCAAUUUGAUGAAACAACUUUUUACUUUAGCAUUAAAUAUUAAUGCUUAGGUGUUUGUUGUAGAGCAUCUGUUUUGAAUUGAGGCAAAAUGAGGAAGAUUAAGCUAUUUAUCCUCAAAAUAUUCUAAAUGUUGGAUAACUGAGAGGAAAGUACACUUUAUACGUACUAAACCUAUUUCGGAGAUUCAUUUCAGUUCUCAUCAUUUGUACAUCACCCGACACUGUUAGCAGUUUACCUCAACUUUUGUGUUGUAGCUAUUGUUCUUGUUUAAUUAUUUAUGUUGUAAGCAAUUCUGUAGUUUAUUUUCAUUUAUAAAUGCAUAUUGUAAGUUUAAUGUACUUCCUUUGCCGAGAUAUUGUAACAAUUGUAUGAAAGUUUCACACUUGUUUUUAAACUAAAUGGGGAAAUUUAUAGGUGAAACACACACAUGAACAUUUUUCUUACGUUCUGAUUUAAUGUCCUCGCAAUAUGCGUUUUAUCACUUAUGUAAUAAAGCGCUGCAAACUGAAUCCAAUAAGCAAUUGAACAGUGGUGGUUUGUGCAAAGCAGAAUUCUGAAAUUGAGGUUACUCUGGAAGUUGGUUCUUUAUUUCUGCCAUUGAGAUUAUGUAAACUGCAGCUGCAGUUACCAUUUAUUCACCUCUCACUUUCACUCAUCUCUAGUGCAAUGUGCACUGAUUAAGUACAUCAAUUUCAUUCUUUAUUUUAGUUAUGAGUCAGUUUUUUUUUUUUCCUUUUCUUUUGUUCCUUGAUCAUUGAACACUCACAUUGCUUUUACAGAUUCAAAUAUAAUUUCCACAUUUUGUUAUUUUUCUGGUGUAGUACUGUUUUAUGUUAAGUCAUUUGGUUGUUCUUGGCUCUGUAGAGACUCUGAGGCCACCACAGUGACAGCAAGAAUUGUGACAGAGUGUAAGAAACUUAAUGAAAUAAUUAGAAACUACUCCAGUCAUAGGGCAAGAAAUUAUCUUAGCUGCACUCUGUAAAGAAAAGUAACUUUAGGAAAGUUGCUGUUGGACAACAACUGUAUAAAUAGGUAGCAGCUUAGAGUUUCAUUACUCAGAUUUCUGAUAGUUUAAAUGCAUGAAAACUGAAAAAUAUUAGUUCAUUGCUUUUCCAAUUGUUUGUUAAAUUGAGAUACAACUGUUAUGACAGCAGCUGUUUUUUAUUCUGCUUUUGUAGCUACCCACAAAUGGUUUCAAGCAUUAUUUCUGCAUUUAACUUCCUAAGAUAUAUUUUAGGUUACUGAAUAUGCAGCUGCAGUUUACGAGAAAAAAAAAUAAAUAAAUUUGUGGUUGCUUAUUUUUCUCAGAAUAUUAUUCUUAUUAGUUUAUAAUGCUGAAAAAAUUAAAAGUUUGGCCUCUGCCUACUAAUGUAAUAUGCAAGUGAAUCUCUGCAAAUUCUUAUAGUGAAAAAUAUCAGACAGAAGUAGGUUUCAUUUGAUUUAAAAACACAACUUAUGUCAUCUUCUAGAUAUCUAUUGUAAUACUUUGUUUGUAUACUCACAAUUCUUUUUUUUUUUUUUUUUUUUUUUUUUAUUUUUUUUUUUAUUUCACACACAAACACAGAUAAUUGAUUUGUCAAUUUAUCAGGUUAUGACCAUUUGAAAUGAGAGUAUAUCACAAUAUAUUUCAAGACUGGAAAAGAUACAACAAAUUCAUGGAGUGUUUUGAAAGCUGAAAUCCUGUGAGUCAUUACACUUACCUACUUAAAAUAGAUAUUUAUAUUGGUGUCAGUGUACAGUCAGCAGAGGUACCUCAACUUCUGUAUUUGUAACUUUGUGACCAGUGUAGUAGCUGUUUUUGUGCAUUUAUUGUUCACAGGGGUGAUUUGAUAUUUUUUAGCCAGGUGUUAAAUUUCUGUCUGAUAUACCCCACUUAAGAAAUAAGUUCUUGGGAGUGAACUAAACACCUUGAACAGCCAUGCAUGUGUGCUUCAGUUCAUUACCAGUGUUGGUGUAGGACAUGUGAACGAAUCUCAGUCUUUAAGAUAUGUGUAUCUUUCAGUCUUUUGAUAUGAAUAUAUAUGCUGUACUUGCUGUUGGGGAUUCUUUCCUACACAUGAUUUCGCCGUUUCAGACAAGUAGGAAAGCUCGCGUAAUUGCACAUAUUACAUUUUGUUUCGAUAUAAAAUGAAGAUGAUAGUUUUGAACAGCAUUUUGCUAGUGUGUUAGGGAGAAACUAUUUUUAAUGAUCUCAUAUUUUAUCAAAUGCAAAAUUUAUUAUCCAUAUGUAGCUUUAUUAACAUAAUUUAUUCUCCAGGAGACUGAUAAAUGUUUUUUGUCGUGUGUGUGUGUGUGUGUGUGUGUGUGUGUGUGUGUGUGUGUGUGUGUGUGUGUGUGUGUUACCACCAUUCUUUUAUUGCAUGGCAACAUAUUGACACCUAUAUAAAGAUGUUCUAGCAAAUUACUUGAUUUUCAUGCGUGUGUUGCUCAUACAGUCUUGAAAGAUUUGAAAUUGUAGUGCCAUCAUUUUCCAAGGGAAUUUUAUUCCAUUGAUACUAUUCCUAAUUUUAUUUUGAACAGAUGGUAUUACAUAAGUUACUUUUUAAAAAUAUAAUUUUUGUUGGACAUCUUGAUUCAGUUAGUGAAGUUUUGCAACAUCAUUGAACUGAAAGCAUUUAAAGUGAUUGGAUUAUUUUUUUCUACAGAUGUAAAUCUAGCAUUUUUUCUUGCUUUUCUGUUAUAGCAUUUUUUCAGUUCAUGACAGAUUAUUAUAUAAGUGUAGCGAUUGUUUUAUCAGGUUUUUGCCUUUUGUGUAACUCAAAAUUCUUUUGUCAGGAAGAACGUGAAAUUUCAUGAAUGAUAAAAAUAGUGUUUCAUUCCAUGGUUCUGAUUGCACAUGAUCACUUUAAUUCUGACCAGUAUAAAGUUAAACAUACAGGAAAUAUUAAUUCACUGGCAAAUAAUACAAGUACCUUUCAUGUUUCUCAGACAUUAUACACAAGAUAUCAUUUUAAAUAGUCUGUCGUGAAAUUGUUUUUCACACAAUUGCACUAAAAUGAUGAUAUGAGUAUUUCUCACAACAGUUGCUGCUAUUAUACAGCUACAAAAACUUUUAUCAUUAUUGAAGAAUUAAAUUUUAUUUGCUUGAUGGAACUAUUUUUAUGAUGAUUAAUCUUAUGAAGUAGGGCAUUCUUCUGGAUAAUAAUAGAAAUUAAAUUCAAAACUUGUGGUAUGAUUGUGUCUCCUUUAUGCACUGUAAACUGUUCCCUGUUUUUCAGGAUGCUGUAUUACAAGAAUUGAUGCUGUUCUGGGAAGGGGAAGAGGGGUAUUAAGAUAACUUUCCAAUUUGAAAGUUGGUUAUCUCUGUGUUUCAGUCGCUUUUUACUGUGUUAUAAAUAGUGUUUCGUUUCAUAAUAAAUACCUCUUCCACAGGUACUCAUUACCAUCCAGUUCUGUUUCAUGUGUAUAUCAUCAUGAUGCAUCGAGUGUAGCAGAAUCACUUAAUAAUUUCAACAAGGUGGAUUCUGCCAUGUAAACAUCUUUAAUGUUCCGUGAUUCAUUUACUUCUAUAAUUUGGUGUUACAAUCAAUUUGCUACGACUGUUACAAGACAGUAACACAUUCUAAAAUAACCAAACACUGAUGAAUUCAUGUCAUAUAAAACUUUUUACCACCUGAUAAAGCAAGGCGAAGAAUUACUUUCUUCAAAUAUGAAAGCGUUUUUGUAACAUGCACACUUUUAUUUAGGGAUGUUAACUUUGUAAAGUCUCUUGACUCUUUCCUCAAGUAUUACAUCUAACAUCUGACUGUGGGAAUUAAAAUUACAGUAAAUGCACAGUUUCUUCAAGAUCUGAAUAGGUGUGGCAAACGCGUCUCUCAUUAAUGUAAGGUACAGUAAAAGGAAGAAAAUCUGAAAGAAGUUAUAUCUUCAUUAUUCCUGUCACCUUUUAUGACUGUAGGAAAUAAGAAAUUUAUAUUGUGCAUAAAAACUGAUAUGUUGAGAAGUUUAUUACAACCUACUUGUUUCCCAGCCCUGUAAAUUUGCUAAUAAGACGCGUACAGAACAUUUCAGAAUGUAAAUGGAUAAUGAAUAUCAAAAUAUUAUUUGAAUAUAUUAUUGUUAUCAUUAAUUUUCAUUUAUAGUUUGCAGUUGAAAAUUGUUUUUGAUUUUAUUACUUACGGACUGAUUUGUUUUGGUGACAAUUUCUUCAGAUGAAUAAAUGUGGAAUUAUUGUUUUUGUGCGAUAUAAAGUCUCCCUACUGUUUCACACCUUUUUGUUUCUUAGUGAACAUAGACAUCAGGAGGGCAGGAUCCUGAUUCAGCCAACCUAUUUCAGUAUAUCAUUGCCCAAGUGAAAGGAAUACUUUUACACAGGAAAAACAGAUACAAUGGCAGUACAUUUCUGUAAUUUACGAUAUUCUGACUUUUUUAAGCCACCCUUGUUCAUAAUACUGAUCUAAAAUACAUUCUGCAUACAUGGUUGUGUUCUGAUAUGAAUUUGAAAUUGGCAAAAUGUUAGUGUUUUAUUGCUUUAGUAUUCUUAGAAUAAAUGAUUGUGCUGAGCUUGAAUCAUAUCUUGAAUAUUUGAAGCAUAUUUUGAAUUACAGUAAAUAUACUUCUUCUCUUGCCAAAAACUUAUUAAAUAAAGAGGCUAAAUUAAAAUCUGGGCUAUCUUAAAACUAAAAUAUUUUACUUUGAGUGUCAGAAGGCACAAAUGAAAACUAUUCUAUUCUGUUAAUGAGAAACAAACCAACCCAAUGCUAGGCUUUGUGUGUUUCUUCUGUUUAAAAAAAAAAAACCUAAAGAAAGGGACAUGCAAAGAUAUAUGAAAACAUACUCAGAACACUUACAUAGUCAUAAUUAUUCUUGUUUCAUUGUCCUCUCCAGAAAGGUGCUAUUUUCAUUUGAUCAUCUGUUGUCAAACAGUUUCUUUUUCUUUGUACGUCCAUUGAUGUUUCGUAUUUUUAAACCAUGUUUUAAAUCAAUGUGUAUUAUAUCACUGUUUUGGAAUCAUAAGGAACAAGUGACCUUUCCUGCUUAAAAAUGUGCAUGUAUGCUCUAUUAUAAUGACAUACUAUGAACUAUAUCUGCCCACCGAUAUAUCUUGUCCUUUUAGAAUGAAAUGAUUUUGAAUUGUAUUUGGAAGUAAUUUCUGGCCAAGCUAUUUAGAAUUCUCUAAAGACUGUGUUUUAUUAGUCUUUUAUAAUUUUUGUUGUAACUAUUUUGAUUGGAUUGGAGCAACAGUAUUCAAAGUUUUGAGUUUACAUAUUGAUUCAGUAAUUGUUUGGAUUGUAGUUGAAAUGUUCUGCUUCUUGCAUGAAAAACCAAUUGCCUAUCUGUCAGUUAUCUCUCUGGCUGUGAUGUUCUGUUGUAGACACCACGUUGCUUGUAGGAAACAUUUAAAUGUGCUACUUGCAAUACCUUUUGAACUGAUGUUUGUUAUUUUUGUCAUGAUACAUAUUUUGUCUUUUCUUUAUGAUAUUAUUGGAGGUUAGGUUCUCAAAUAAUUUAGAAUGUGUUUUCAGAGAGUCACAGUGUGUGUUAUUGUGUUUAUUGCCAUUCAUCAACACUCUUUAUCUGUUCAUUCAGUGCUUGAAAAUUUAAGGUUGCAACCAUAAUAAAUUUUCUAUAAUAUUUGCAUUUGUGGUGGUGUCACAUUAUAGUGUUUAUACAGGAGAUAUGUAAAUGUGAAGUGCAAUUGUUGCAGUUAGCAGUUUGUGUGAGAAUGUUUCUGCAGAAAGAUAUUGCAUGAUAAUUAAAUACAUGCAGCAGGUGCACUGUUGAUUUGAACCAUACAUAUUACUACAUGACAGUGAUGGUUCCAAAGAUCUGUUCUUAUUGAAUAUCAAACCAGAUACACUCAUUUUCAUUUCUAAGUCAUUGUGCAUUAUGUCGAAGAAAAAUGAUAUAUGCUGUCAGAUGUAAAAUGCAUUAACACAUGCCAGCUCCACAUUUUCAUAUACCAUGAAUGAUAUAUGAAAUCUGCUAGAUAAAUUUUAAAAGUACUGUUAAGUUGCUGUUUGAAUCCAUUUUGCAACAUUGUUUGUUGUUACAUUUUGUUUAUUCCAAGGCAAAUAUUUAGCUUAUAGUACACUUUCCAGAAUGAGAUUUUCACUCUGCAGCGGAGUGUGCGCUGAUAUGAAACUUCCUGGCAGAUUAAAACUGUGUGCCGGACCGAGACUCGAACUCGGGACCUUUGCCUUUCGCGGACAAGUGCUCUACCAACUGAGCCACCCAAGCACGACUCACUCCCCAUCCUCAAAGCUUUACUUCUGCCAGUACCUCGGCUCCUACCUUCCAAACUUUACAGAAGCUCUCCUUCGCAGGAGAGCUUCUGUAAAGUUUGGAAGGUAGGAGACGAGGUACUGGCAGAAGUACAGCUGUGAGGACAGGGUGUGAGUCGUGCUUGGGUGGCUCAGUUGGUAGAGCACUUGCCCAUGAAAGGCAAAGGUCCCGAGUCCGAGUCUUGGUCUGGCACACAGUUUUAAUCUGCCAGGAAGUUUCUUAUAGUACCCUUUGUUCGAGAGUUCAGUUUCAUGUUUUCCCACCUCCUAUCAUCAUGCAUUGACUACCAGAGAUGCAGUAUAAUUUACAGUGAAACAGAAUUGUAGAGGUUAUUAACACUAAUCACUGCUCUGCAGGAGAUUGUGUAGACCAUUUGCUAUUCAUUGAAUGCUGAGUGAAAGAACAUCUGUGGCAGUGCAAGAAGCUUGAUUUGGGUAUUCAUAGAAUUCAGGUGUUUCCAUUACUUAGUGAUUUUUAUGUUUUGUUUCAAUGAGAAUGCUCUUUCUUGACUGUCAUAGUGCAUAGCACAUAAUACAUUGUUGAAAUGGUUGUGUUCUCAGAAUAAAACUAUUGUGGUUGUUCCAGUAACAUCACAAUGUAAAUUGACAAAGAUUAUAAAAUUGUAAGUUGUAAGUAGAUGCCUGUGUUCAACAGAAACUUACAGUUAACUGUAGGGGCUCCAUUAAAAAAAAGCUGGUCAAAUACCAGUAUUAUACCACAGUCUGACAUAUACAGUAAUGACACUGCUGUGAAAAUUGUUACUCUCAGAUAGUCAAAAUGACGUUAGUGCUUCAAUUAUAUAAGCUGAAACUUACUCAUGAAGGAAUACUUUGAAUGUGUAUAAUAGCAGCCUGCUCCAUUAAAAAAAAGGGGGAUAUAAGCAUACAUUUGAUCUGUGAGAAGUAUACAUUUCUGCUUUUGUUCUUGACACAAAACAGUUUUUUAUGGAGUCUAAUGAUUCUUACACAUCACCCAACUCUAAUACAAAUAUUUUUGUAAAUGUAAUUAUUUUGCUUCAAAGGCAAAAUGUUGAUUCUUGCUGUUGUGCCUCAGAUUUAGCAACAGCUAUGGAAUUGGUUUCUUUUGUGGUGGGAACCACUUUUAUUCUCACAUCUGUGUGGUUUUUCCUUCUGCUACAAUUGUGGUGACUUAUUUGGUAUGAUAAAUAUUAUAGGUCUUACAUUCCAUAAGUUUCCUGCAUUCCACAUUCACUGAUUUGACUGGAAAUGUAUUGACGAAAACUGCACACUGUUGGAAAAAAAGAAAACUACGUUCUUCAGUAAAUAUCUGUACUGUACAUUACAAGAGAACUGCAGAUAAACUGUCCUGUAAUGUACCAUUUCAUACGUCCCUGGGACCUUCAGAAACUAAAGAAAAACAAAUCUACUAUCAUUUCUUAAUUAGUGCUGAUUGUUAUUGCACUGCUUGUGUCCUCUACUGUAAAAUUCUAGUUACAAAUCAAUAUAAGUGAUACUGUUCACUCUCAUACCGUAUUGUAUUCAAAAGCGUAGCGUUCCGUCUACCUUGAGAGCUGCCAUUGCAAUAUAUAACAAGCACGAGUUCGGAGUGUUGUGACUGUAUGUGUUAGACUCUGAUUAUACUAAAAUAUAAUUACUUGUAUAUCACUGGAGUAUGACUACCCACAUACAUUUUGUUGUCACAAGAAUAAUAACCUGAUACAUUAAUAUUACAUCACAGGUUAGAAAUUUCUGCAUCCAUACCUCUUCAUGCGUGUAUUUCCACUCCUUUUGUACUGUAUCAAAAGGAACUCAUCUGUUAAAGAAUGUAGAGAACUAACAUUUGGAGAUGUCUGGCAUUUCUUAAUUAUUCCUAUGAGUGCAGCAACCUUUCCUUCCUCCAUGAUCCAAAACUUUUAGUUAAGUUACUGCAUUUUAUAACUAGGUGUACUAAUAUUGCUACAAAGUGUGUACCACAUACAAUUAUUUUCAUGCUUCUACAAAUGUAAGAAUUAAAAAUGUAAUUUAUGGCUACUGUAAACACACACAGGAAAUAUAACCUCUUCAUUUUUUUACUUCACUUGCUAACUGAAAUGUGAGAUUUUGCUCUUUUAAUAAGCAGAAUCCUACUUCUAUUUGUUGUAUAACAAGAAGUAUGAAUUUCAUGCGUCUGGUUUUCGUUAGCAGUGUGGUUACAUGAUGUGUGCUGGAACUGACACACUUUUGGGGUGCUUCCUGGAAUUGACACUACAGUAAAUUUGGAUAAUUCUUCACCACUUGAAUGAGGUUAAGUUUUUCCCAAAAUGGUGUCAAUCAUAAUUUCACUGUGGAAUAAUAAUUUUAUUAGAAAUCAAAUAUCUAUGAUUUACAUUAAGCUUAACACUAUUUUACACCAUUAAUAUAUAUGUUCACAAUCUGGUUUUGCUUAAGAGAACUGUGACACAACAAGUUGUGAUAUAACAAAUUACUUUGUUUAACAUAUGUCACUGUUCACUUAUUAACUGGCGAAUUCUCAUCUAUGUUGGAUGACACAAAAACAUAUUUUUGUAAGUUAUUUUCUUGUUUGAAACACACCAAGUGCUUCAAUAUUGAAAUGCCUUACCCACUUUGCCGUAUUUACCAUUGCAGACAUUUCCAUGAUGUGCAACAGCACAAAAACUUUCACACAAAUCAGUACUUGAGUUCCUUUGAAACAUUUGCCUUAGAUGUUGUAUAUAAUGUACUUCAUGCUAAAUUUGCCUUUAUUGUUAUUUGUAUAUAUCAAAAGGACAGUUUUUAACACAUGUACUAUGCUUGUGUGAUCAUUGCAGUUUUGUGCUUUCGAAAAUAAAUCCAAUUCAAAUGGAGUAUGCUAUGGAAGUUUGUAUGGAAGAAUUGUUAUGCAGAAUAAUCUGUGUUAGUGUAGUUUGUUAUUGUUAAUGCUUGAGUCAAGAUAAGCCCAGUAUAUCAUUUAAAAAUGUAAGACUAUUAAAUACCAAAUAUACUUAAAAUGUUUCAGUAUAUUUUGUAUACAAUAGAUUUAGGACCACAUAUCAUAUAUUUGACCUUAGACUUAGGUUAGUAUGUUGCCUGACAUUUGCAUCGAUAUGUAUCUGAUUAUACAGUCUGACUGUUGGAAAAUUUUGAAUUGUGCAAUUUUCGUAACAGGUGGAAAUUAAGUGCAAUGAGUUUAUUGUUUUUUCUUUUUCAGUUAUUGUUUUCCAUUACAAAACAAGGUUUUUGUUAGUUAUGAAUGAAUAUUAUUUGACGAUAUUUUCAUAUAUCCACAUGUUCUAAUGAAUGUUUUUCUGUAAUUGGGAUUGUUUUACUGCGGCUGUUAUAAAUGGAAAGUGAUAUUUAUACUUUGUUGUGGAAUGACUGGGCUUGAUAUGUUUUAAUAUGCCAUAGUACAUAUAUCUACAUAAAUAUGCAUUUUGUCGUAGAUAAUAGUGAGGGGUUAUGGCUAUUCCAUUAUUUUGAUAAGAGUGUAGCCUAUUUGGCCCUUAAAACAAAAUAAAAAUAAAAUGAAUAGAA